UCAAUCCAUUCCUGACCACGGCACGAGUUUUGACGAGGAAGUUGAAAGAAUUGUUAGAAUGGUAGCUGUUGAUGUGUGUCCAAUAGCAAUAUCUUUAGAUGAAAUAAUAACUGCUACUAAAGAGGAUGUUGAAUUGCAAGAACUUAUCCGUUGGUUGCCCUACAGUCCACGACGCUGGCCGAAAACAUUAAUCAGAUACAAGAAGUUGGUUGAAAGCCUCACGAGUGAUGAAACAGUAGUCAUGAAAGCACAACGAAUCAUCAUACCUAGAUCGCUACAGAAACGUACUUUACAUCUAGCACAUGAUCCUCAUCUUGGAAUAUCUUCAAUGAAACGUCGACUAAGAGCAAAAGUAUGGUGGACAGGAAUGGAAUGAUGAUAGAAGAAUUCGUCCAGUGCUGUUCAGGUUGCAUACUGGUGUCUGAACCCAACAUCCAACCAAUUUCCAGAAUUGAAAUGCCAAACAAACCUUGGAAAAAGAUCGCGAUAGACUUCACAGAAGUUCCAGGAGGUCACCAUCUAUUAGUAAUUACCGACUAUUUCUCAAGAUACAUUGAAAUUGUAAUCAUGGCUUCAAUGACAGCCAAAAACACGAUUGUAAAAUUAAGAGAAAUCUUUGCACGAUUUGGCUACCCAACAGAAAUAGUGUGCGACAAUGGUCAACCAUUCUCUUCAGAAGAUUUUUCAAAGUUUUGCUUUUCAAAUGGAAUUACUAUUAAACACACAGUUCCAUACGCUCCUUUUCAAAAUGGACUAGUGGAAAGGCAAAAUCGUACAAUACUUAAAACAAUAAAAAUUAGUGUAACAAUGGGACGUGAUUGGAAGACGGACCUUCAAGACUUUUUACACACGUAUCGGGCAACACCACAUACAACUACGAAUUAUUCACCUUCCGAGCUUAUGUUUGGAUGGAACAUUCGGGACAAACUACCUGAAAUAAAGCGAACGGUAGAUAUAAAAAAGCAAAAGAAAAUGACGAGCGUUCAAAGGAAAAAAGAAGAAAUUCACGUUAUUGUAAAGAUCCUAAUAAAAAAGAACAAACUAACUACCACAUUCAAUCCAGAAGAACAUGUUGUUAUACAACGAGAAGGGACAAGAUUAUACCUCAAGAACUUAGAAACUGGUGUUAUUACAAAUCGUCACGUUAAUCAUACGAAGCGGGUUGUUAACAAUAACCCAUUAAUAAAUACUGCACAUGAAAAAGUUUCAAACCCUGAAAACAAUCAUAAGGCAGAGAUGGUACGCGAACCAUUGAAUAUCGAAAAAUUUAACGAAUCAAGAUUACCAGAGACUAGUGAAAAAAAUUUACAAUCUGAAUCAAGCCAGAAACGACCACACCUGUUCAGCGAAAGAAGAAGCAAGCGAAAAAUUUGCAUCCCUUCAUAUCUUAAUAAUUAUCAUUGUAAUUAAAUAGGUGAAAAAAUUAAAUUAGAAAUUAGUGAAUCAUAUACUAUUAAAAGAUAGGAGAGAUUGUAGUAAUCUAGUAGACUAUGAAAUGUAUUGAGGUGAGAUUGACAUAAUAAAACUGAAUCAUAA